CAGUCUCAGUGGACGCUGGAGUCAGAACGAUGCCUCUGAUCUGGGAUCAGGUUUAAUAUUUAGUUUGGGUGUUUUGGGGGUGGGGAAGCUGAUCCUGUAUCAGGUUGCUAGCUAACGUCACUUCCGGUUUGUUGGUAGCAGGUGAGCGUUUUGAAGUGGUCUAAUGGUGUGACUCAGGCGAUGUGAAUAUCAGCAUCACACAGCGAUUUACUGGAAUGUAUUUCGGAGAGAGAAAAUAGUUGUUUUAUUUCAGAAAGGAGUCAGGUGGAGUAGAAGUGGCGGGGAUGUGGGAAAAACGCAAUGGGAAACGUUUUCGCCGGAAAAGGACGCCCAAGUCGAGUAACAGAGCAGGACCGGGCUAUUUUGCAACUAAAACAGCAGCGAGAUAAACUGAAGCAGUACCAGAGAAAACUCACCGUUCAGCUGGAGAAAGAGAGGCUUCUAGCCAAGCAACUGCUGAAGGAUGGGAAGAAAGAAAGAGCUCUUCUGCUGCUCAAAAAAAAGCGCUACCAGGAUCAACUUCUGGACAAGACUGAGACCCAGAUAAGCAACCUAGAGCGCAUGGUCCAAGACCUUGAAUUUACUCAGAUUGAAGUAAAGGUCUUGGAAGGUCUGAAGGUCGGCAAUGACUGCUUGAAGAAAAUGCAUGAGGCACUGUCCGUUGAAGAUGUGGAGAGAAUAAUGGAGGAGACGCAGGAUGCCAUAGAAUAUCAGAAGCAAAUCGAUGAGAUGCUGGCAGGCUCCCUGAGCCAGGAGGAUGAGGAGGCUGUGCUGGCAGAGCUUGAGGCCAUCACUCAGGAUGAAGAUGUUCAACUUCCUGAAGUGCCCACUGAGCCCUUGCCUGCAGUGCCCGAGCUGGAGAAGGAGAGAAAACCAGCUAAAGUGAAGCAGGAUGGAGAGAUUCUGUUGGCGUAGUAGCCGACGAUCCUGUGAUGCGGAUUGGUCACACAUUAAUCAGCCUCUUAUAUGAAGAGGAGAGCGCACUGUAAACACACUGUUCUUUCCUGCCAGCUCUUUCCAUAACCUUUCUUAAACCUGACUCAACGUAUGCAUUGCAUGUACUGGCUUUAUUUAUUGAUGAUGAAGGUAAAAAAUGUCUGAUUUGAACAGAACCACUGAGCUUGAACAGAUCACCGCCAUUAUCAGUUGGAAUUCAUCAGCUUUGAAUCAUAUUCUUAUGAUUCACGUAUUGGAUUGACUGCCGUAAUUAUGGUGACGGUGGACAUUUAUACACAACUGUCUCCAUGUGUGGUUGGUAUUAGAUGAUCUUUGUUAUCUUGCAAUAUGUGAAACUCACCUUUUUGUGUAAGUAAAAUCCAUGUCAGUAUUGAUGAAA